GACUGGACAGUCCUGCAGAGACCCAGCAGACACAGCGUAUCGACACAUCUGACAGGACUUAUCCUCCAGGUCACACAACGGGCACCUCACGACAUGCACCACUAACCUUCUCGAUACAGCAUCUGACAACAGCAAAACUUACACCACAUGAACUACUGUACCAUAAGCUAACCAUGCCUAAAGAAAAUACCGAUGUUACUUUACAAUAG